AUGAGCAGCAUGACCCCACCGAGACUCCUGCACUUGGCACAGAAGAGCCUGCUGGAUAAUGAGGCCUUGGCCAUCCUGAGUCUGGACCAGCUUCCCAGAGAGAUGUUCCCUGCGCUCUUGGUGGAGGCCUUCAACAGGUGGCUCUUGGACAUCCUGAGGGCCAUGGUGAGGGUCUGGCCCUUUGAAGUCCUCCCGCUGGGCGCCCUCAUGAAGAAUCCUCAAGUGGACAUCCUGAAAGCUGUGUUGGAUGGACUCGAUAUGAAGUACACCCAGAAGUCUGACUGCAGAGGGAAGCUGCACGUGCUGGAUUUACGGGACGCUGGUCUGAAUUUCUGGAAUGUGUGGGCCGAGAGCCUGGAUGAUGCCUGCUCUUCAGAGCCUAAUAUGAGGAGACAGCCAGUGGAGCACAAGGGAGCCAAAUCAGCCUUGAAGGUCAUAGCCAACCUCUACCUCGCCGAAGUCACCCCUGAUGAGUUCCUCACCCACCUGCUUCAGUGGGUGAAGGAGAGAGCCAGCCUGGUGCACCUGUGCUGUCACCAGCUGAAUAUCUCAGUAAAUAGCAUCCACAGGAUGAGCAAUAUCCUGGACAUUCUGGAGCUAGGCUGCAUCCAGGAGGUACAAGUGAACUCUGACUGGCGACUCCCCACCCUGGCCAAAUUUGCUCCCUACCUGGGCCAGAUGAGCAGCCUUCACAAGUUGUCUGCCUUCCACCUCUCUUUCCCAACCCCCAUCUCCCUAGAGGGCAAGGUUUACUUCAACACCCAGUAUAACUCCGAGCUACCCAAGCUGCCCCACCUUCAAAGCCUUCAUAUGAACUCUGUUGACUUCCUGGAGGACAACCUGGACCAAGUGUUCAGCGAACUCAAACACCUGCACCUGAGUGGUGUCAAACUGACCCACAUCAGCUCUGAGCCCCUCCGAGUUCUGCUGGAGAGAGUGGCAGCCACCCUCAUGACCCUGGACUUGAUGGACUGUGACAUCACUGACUCACAGCUCAAUGCCAUCCUGCCUGCCCUGAGCCAGUGCUACCAGCUCACCAGCUUAAGCUUUUAUGGGAACAGAAUCUCCAUGGCCAUGAUGGAGAAGCUCAUGGAGCACACAGGCAACCUCAGUGCUCUGAGAGUAGAGCUGUACCCAGCUCCCCUGGAUUGUUAUGACACUCAUGGCGUUGCCAAGCGGGGGAGGUUUUUCCCAUCUCUGUACAGAGCUGAUGGGCAUCCUUGA